AUGUCCAUCUCACACGUCCUCGCCCUCCUCGCCCUCCUGCUGCCGUGGGGACGGUGUCAGUUUGAUGUGUGUCGAUCUCUGCGCGGCUCGAAGGCGGGGCCUGAGUUUUACGCCUGUCAGCCGCCCCCGACCAACAUGAAGGAGGUGAUGCAGAUCAGAGUUGACCCCCCUGGGAUCACCUGUGGAAACCCACCUGAGAGAUUCUGUACACUGGAGAACCCGUACCUGUGCAGCGAUGAGUGCGACGCCUCCAGCCCAGACCUGUCUCACCCUCCUCAGCUCAUGGGAGACAGGGAGAGGGGUGGGCUCAUCACUUACUGGCAGACAAUCACAUGGUCCAGGUUUCCUGAGCCCCUAUUGGCCAACAUCACCCUUACCUGGAACAAGAGUCUGGAGGUGGUCGAUGACAUUGUUGUUACCUUCGAAUAUGGCCGUCCAACCAGCAUGGUGCUGGAGAAAUCCAUCGACAAAGGUGUCACUUGGCAGCCGUAUCAGUAUUAUGCCGACGACUGUCUCGAGGCUUUCGGCAUGUCGCCCAAACGAGUCACUGAUUUAGCACCAAGUAACAUUACCCGGGUCAUCUGCACCGAGCAGUACUCCCGCUGGGUCGGCGCUAAGGAAGAGAAAUCUGUGGUGUUUGAGGUGCGAGCUCGGUUCGGGGUGUUUGCUGGUCCAAAGCUGAUCAAUAUGGAUGCUCUGUACACUCGGAUGGAGACCACAAAGGGACUCAGAGAUUUCUUCACUUUCACCAACCUCCGACUGAGGCUCCUCCGCCCGGCACUGGGAGGAACCUACGUCCAGAGAGACAACCUGCUGAAAUACUUCUAUGCUAUUUCCAACAUUGAUGUUUUUGCCAGGUGUAAGUGCAACCUGCAUGCAUCUCAGUGUGCGCUGCGUGAUGCAACACUGCAGUGUGAAUGUGACCACAAUACGGCUGGACAGGACUGUCAGAGCUGCAGCCGAGAGUUCACAUCUCGCACCUGGAGACCGGGAUCAUACCUGCCCCUGCCCAAAGGCACUGCCAACGCCUGUGAAGCAACAGAACCUGCAGCCAACUCAUUCAGUACAGCUGGACCUACCACAGACACAGCUCCACCCAACACUCCACGUCUGAAGACUGGAGAAAAACCACCUCCCAGAGUACUAGACAGUACCACCAGCCGUCCUACCAGUACCACCCCCACUGUCCAAGGCAGCAGUACUGACACUGGAGGGUCUAUCGCUGACCCACUGGGUCCACCCUAUAACUCCACUUCAGACUUUGGUGUGCCUGGGACUGAUAUAUCGAAAGUGGUGACCAGUUCUGUGUCACCUACUGUCGCAGAACCAUCAGCUGGAAUUCUGCCUCUAACAACCAUCCCAGAAACGUUUUCCCCAGGUGACGGGUCUCAAUUGGAAGACUUUUUCCCCACUGGAUCUGUCCGUAUCAGUCAGGCUGGAGAUACUCUCUUUACAACAAAACGUGAUGGAAUUUCUCUUCGUCCUGACAUACCUCCUCUGGCCGUACCUCCUCCAGAUCUACCACUGGAAGCUCCCUCUGUGGAUAUACCUUCUGCUCUUAAUGAAGCCCUUCCUGAUGUAAUUUCUCCUGAUGUUUUACUGGAUGUACUAUCUCCGGAUACACUUUCUCCUGAUGCAUCAUCUCCGGUUACACCUACUAAUAAUGUACAGCUACCAGAAAUGCCCCCUCUUGAUCUAUCAUCUCCAGAUACACUCGCUCCUGAUGAAAUAGUUCCUUUUGUUCCAACCCCCGAUGUACUGUUUCCAGAUGCACCAUCUCCUCCUGCUUUAUCUUCCCUCAAUGUUCCAGCUCCUGAUGGAGCUCCUACUGAUAUAUCUUUCCUUGAGGUACCUACUCAAGAACUUCCUCGUCCUGAUCUCCCUCUGGAAGUACCACCUCCUGACAUACCUGCUCCUGAUGCACCUCUUCCCGACCCACCUUCUCGUAAUGUAUUUCCUCCAGAUACACCUCCUCCUGACCUACCUUUUCCUGAUCCACCUUCUCCAGAUGUACUUCCAGAUGGGCCAUCCACUAAGACUCCAGAUACUUCAGUAGAUUUUCCUCCUCCUGAUGUACCUUCUCCUGAUGGGGCAUCUCCAGAAAUACGUCCUCCUGAUGCUACCCCUCCAGCUCCAGAUAUUCCUGAGGAGUCCGUGUUGCCUCCCUAUGGAGGUGGUCCUGUAUCAGACACAAAGUCCGCUACUAUAGAUCAGUCUGACCCUGCUGGUAAUUUAGCACCUGUUGACUUUACCAUCCCAGUUCCAGAAAACCCGAAGUCAGUUGGCCCUGGACAAGGAUCUGAUUCUCAGCCCAUGCCUGUAUUUGAACCUGGCAAUGUUUCAAUGCCUGAAGCCAAAGAGGAAUCUAAAGAAAAAUCUAAAGCCGAAGGAGAGAAGGAGAAAGAGGACAAAGGCUAUGAGAAGAAAGCGACCCAGAAGAUCCUGAUUCCAGGAGGACCAAAGUUCAGUCAGCUGUCCAAAAUUGCUUAUGUGAGCUUCCAGGACUGUGAGUGUAAUGGUCACUCCAACCGCUGCAGCUACAUCGACUUCAUCAACGUGGUCACAUGUGUGAGCUGUAAACACAACACGCGGGGGCAGAAUUGUCAGUACUGUCGCCUUGGUUACUACCAAAAUGCCUCGCUGCCGCUGACCGACGAGAACGUCUGUGUUGAGUGCGAGUGCCACGCAGACGGCAGCGUGUCUCCUCGAUGCUCGGACUCGGGUCUUUGUCAGUGUAAAGAUGGAGCCACGGGGAGGCGCUGUGACUCCUGUUUACCUGGAUACACCUGGAGAGGAGGCGGGGUCGGCUGCACAGCAAACGUGUGCGACGGCGAGCGUUUGGUCUGUCGGAAUGGAGGAACCUGCGUCGACUUCCUGCGCUGCGUCUGUCCUGAAAACUUCACAGGUUUAUUCUGCGAGCAGAGGGUGUGUCUGAAGAAGAACGGCUGCCUGGAGAACACUGAGGACUCCGCCUCCUCUCUGGCAUCACACCUUUACCUGCUGACCUUCGGUCUGAUCACCGCCACUUUCUGCUGACCCCGCCCCCAGGCACAAUGUCCCAUAAUGGCAUCACCUGGGGCGAUGUGAUUGCAACCAAAUGUUUUUCACUGAACUUCAUGUUUUCUUGACGUUGUCGUACAGGAUAUUACAUCACAAUCUUAUGACAUCACAUAAGGCCCCGCCCACUAAGACGAUCAUCACAUUAUAAUUUUAGGAGACCAACAACAGGUGACUUUAACCUGACGAAUCAGAGACAGCCGAAGUCUGCAGGAACAAAACUGCCUCAACCCUCCUCUCCCUCCACCCCGUCCUCUCCACCCCGUCCUCUCCACCCUGUC